UCGGGGCGUUCUAUGAAAAAUGGUGAGAGUUUGUUCGGUUUCGCGACACUUGAGGUUUGACGGGCGUUUUAAAUCCGAACCUUGGAAUCCCGACCGACACACGGCAUUGAUUAUUACAUCUAGUUUCGUGAGCGACCAAGUCAUCAUUCCGUUGUAAAUUAAGCAAACAAUUCACAAACAAAUGGUUCAGUUUCAGUUGGUUGAUCGGAAAUGGUUGUUGCCUCACAAGCAGCAAGAAUUGCCAAUUUUGAUCAACAACACAUCUUAAUCUCGGCACCAGUUGUUCAUUAUGGAAUUUUCUAGUAAGGAAAGUUUUUUUUAGGCUAGUUCAAUAUGUUAUCUCAGUGAACGCAACCUCUAGUAAAUAUUGACAAUUCUAAUCAAAGUGAAUGACUUCGACCGUGGUGAAAAACCUCCUUGGACACUCAAUCCUAAAGUGGGGUGGUUUAUCCAAUAUGAAUACCAUUCGAUACCAAGUCAAGACGUUGAGAGUGGCAGAAGAUAUAGCCAAUGAGGUCUUGUAUGUGCCACCCAUGGAAGCUGAAGGUGAUCCGAAGAUGUUGAUUUACUUUGGCGGCGAUGUUCAAGACUUCCGGGACCACAUGAUCAAACAUAGAGACAAUCACAAAUACCAGGAUUGGUGUUUAGAAGCGACCAGUCAACUUCUGUCCAAGUCAUCGCCCGGAAGCCACAUCCUUAUCAUCAAACCCUCCGUAUUGGAGUUGGGCACGUUCAGUUGCUACCACAACUUUGUCGAGUCCAACAAGUUUGGCGCGCCCACACACUCCAUGGAGACCACCAAGGCUUGGCAUCAUUUACGAUCCCUACUCUUGUCCCUUCAAAGCCAGACCCUGGGCGAGAAACAUUGGGAUCAAAUCCCCAAGACCCUGGUGGGAUUUAGUAAAGGGACCGUGGUCCUGAACCAGCUCCUGAUCGAGUUGGCUCAACUGUCCAAGGCUCAACCAUCGCUCGAUAUGUUCGCCAACUCUGUGGAAAAAUGGUGCUGGCUGGACGGAGGUCAUUCAGGCGGGAAAUUGACCUGGAUCACCCAAAAGGACUAUCUAGAGCACAUGGUCUUGCGCAAAUACAAAGUCGAGGUCCGAGUCACGCCCUACCAGGUGAACGAUGGUCUCCGUCCGUGGAUUAAACAAGAAGAAAAACGGUUCUCCGGAUUCCUGGGCAGAUCAGGCCUGACAUUUAGACGAGCCAAAUACUUCGAAGAGGAAGCGCCCAGCAUAGCGAAUCACUUCCGUAUCUUGCACACACUGGUCGACGAACCUCUAUAAUCCUGAAUUGUACAAUAAAGAGAUUUAAUUUUGAACCAAUAA